AUGAACACCACUGUUACGCCGUCAGACCUGGUGGAUGUGCCGAGACACCCGUCCGCCAAUGGCACCCUGGGCAACCACACGCCGUCCGGCUGGGCCGUGAUCCACACGGCCACCCUGACCUUCUGCUCCCUGCUCCUGGUCUUCAUCUUCUGCCUGGGCUCCUACGGGAACCUCGUGGUGUUCCUGUCCUUCUUCGACCCGGCGUUCCGCAAGUUCCGCACCAACUUCGACUUCAUGAUCCUCAACCUGUCCUUCUGCGACCUGUUUAUUUGCUGCGUGACGGCUCCUAUGUUUGCCCUGGUGCUCUUCCUGGACGCGGGCGGCGGGGCCGGCGUGUCGAGGAGCUUCUGCUUUGCCUUCCACCUGACCAGCUCGGGCUUCAUCAUCAUGUCCCUGGAGACGGUGGCUGUCAUCGCCCUGCACAGGCUGCGCAUGGUUUUGGGGCAGCAGCCCAACCGCACCGCCUCCUUCCCCCGCACGCUGGUCCUCACCGCCCUGCUGUGGACCUCCAGCUUCACCAUGGCUGCCCUCCUGACCAUGAGAGCGUACCCGCACAGAGACGGGCCCUGCUUGCCCCACUUCGGCCUGGGAGGUGGACAGGCGAGGGUUGUGCUGUACGUCUACCUGGCAGACUUUGCCUUUUGUGUAGCUGUGGUGUCUGUAUCCUAUCUGAUGAUCGCGCAAACCCUGAGGAAGAAUGCUCAAGUGAGGAAAUGCCCCAUCAUCACAGUAGAUGCCACGUGCCCUCCGCCCCCUCCGCCUCUCAUUGCAGCAGGCUUCGAGAGCAUGCAGUGUGCCGUCCAAGGCCCCUCUCUGUACCGCAACCAGACUUACAACAAACUGCAGAAUGUUCAGAUACACUCGUACGCCAACCGGAGCGGCCACCCUCUGGUCCCUGGUGCUGCCGUAGGAGCCACCUGCUGUCAGCUGGUGUCUACGGUCAACUUGGCCACAGCCACAGCCAAAGACUCCAAGGCGGUGGUCACCUGUGUUGUUAUAGUGUUCUCUGUGCUGUUGUGCUGCUUGCCGAUGGGGGUUUCACUGGCACAGGAUGUUUUGUCACCAGAAAGCAGCUUUGCACAUUACCAGUUUGAACUGUGCGGUUUUGUGCUCAUCUUUCUCAAGUCGGGCAUCAACCCCUUUGUGUACUCGCGCAACAGCGCGGGCCUCCGCCGCCGCGUGCUGUGCUGUAUCCAGUGGGCGGCGCUGGGCUUUCUCUGCUGCAAGCAAAAGACUCGUCUGCAUGCGAUGGGGAAGGGCAGCCUGGAAGUCAAUCGCAAUAAAUCCUCCCAUCAUGAAACCAACUCGGCCUACGUGCUGUCUCCCAAGCCACAGAGGAGGCUAGUGGACCAGGCCUGUGGGCCCAGUCACUCCAGGGACUGCGGCGGUAGUCCAAGAGCCACAGGUACUCGCAAACCCCGCCCGCCGAGCACCUCCACACCCAUCAACACCCGCAUCGAGCCCUACUACAGCAUAUACAACAGCAGUCCCUCUGCAGGGCCCAGCUCCCCCACCAGCCUGCAGCCUGUCAGCUCUCAGACUUUUGCCUUUGCCAAGUCGUAUGUAGCCAUGCACUACCACACUCACCAGGACGCACUACAAGACUUUGAGAGCACCUCAGUGCAACAGAUUCCCAUUCCCUCAGUCUAA